AGCGCGUUACCUAUGGCUGGCCUCUAUUUAAAGUUAUCAUCGGAGCCCAGCUGAGUCAGUUUUCGACACACAUUUGGGAACAUCACUUGGUGUACAAACAUGAGGCUUCAGGUACUCUUCAUCUCCAUUUUUGUGACUGCUGCUUCAGCUGCCCCAAGCUUAGAUCCACUGCUGGAUGAACACUGGGAGUUGUGGAAGGGCUGGCAUAGCAAAAAAUACCGUGAGAAUGAAGAAGGCUGGAGAAGAAUGGUGUGGGAGAAGAACCUCCGCAAAAUUGAGCUGCACAACCUGGAGCAAACUAUGGGAAAGCACAGUUAUCGCAUGGCAAUGAAUCACUUUGGUGACAUGCCAAAUGAGGAGUUCAGACAGUUCAUGAAUGGAUACAAGAGCAAAACGGAAAGAAAGCACUCUGGAUCCUUGUUUCUUGAACCAAACUUUUUAGAACUACCAAAAGCAGUGGACUGGAGAGAAAAAGGUUAUGUUACUCCAGUCAAAGAUCAGGGUCAGUGUGGUUCAUGCUGGGCUUUCAGCACCACAGGUGCUCUAGAAGGACAGCAGUUCAGGAAGAGUGGUAAGCUGGUCUCGCUAAGCGAGCAGAAUCUUGUAGAUUGUUCCCGGCCAGAAGGAAACCAAGGGUGUAAUGGUGGCUUGAUGGAUCAGGCAUUCCAGUAUAUUAAAGACAAUGGAGGACUGGAUUCAGAGGAAGCUUACCCAUAUAUUGGAACAGAUGACCAGCAAUGCAAGUAUGAUCCGAACUUCAACUCUGCCAAUGACACUGGAUUUGUGGACAUUCCUAGUGGAAAAGAACACGCACUAAUGAAGGCUGUUGCAGCAGUUGGUCCAGUUUCUGUUGCUAUCGAUGCUGGUCAUGAGUCAUUUCAGUUCUAUCAGUCUGGUAUCUAUUAUGAACCUCAGUGUAGCAGUGACCAGUUGGACCAUGGUGUGUUGGUGGUUGGUUAUGGUUUCCAAGGGAACUCUACUGAUGGCAAUAAAUACUGGAUUGUAAAGAACAGCUGGAGUGAGAAGUGGGGUGAUAAAGGAUACAUCUACAUGGCUAAAGACAAGAAAAACCACUGUGGAAUUGCUACCUCUGCAAGUUACCCUCUUGUGUGAACUGCUGUUGCACCUUUUUGGUCUUUGCAGCAUUUUAAUGAACACUGACUGACCAGGUUUUUAAAUACCUCUGGUAUGAAACUUUGGUCCUGGUUUGAGAUGGUUUGUUACAAGACCAUGGUUUUAAUGUGCCAUUUGGCAUUGUUACAGUAACCUAUUAGGAUUUUUUUUUUAACCUUUUAAGUUGUCAAGAUAUUAAUCUUAAAUGCACAGUGUUCUUGUUUUUGAAGUUGUCUGCUCAAGUUUUAUUUGUUUUUAUUUGUGAUUGCUGUGCAAUGCACUACCCAACUUUUAAUGUUUUGUAAGAUAAGGGUCCAAUAAAACAUAAACCUGAA